UGCUACUUAAAGGCCCCGAAGAAGUCCAACUCACUAUUGGAGAUCAUAUCAGUUAAUCCCGAAUACGAAAAGUUUAUCGUUGAUCCGGAAUACGAGGUGAACUCAAAGGACUUGAAGACAUUCCAAGUGCUCGGCGACGGAGCGUUCGGACGGGUAUACUAUGGAGAGCUGCGGACCAACAAUAAGGUCAUCAAAUGCGCGGUCAAAACGUUAACGUCGGCCAAAGGGGCCCAACAGAGGGAGUCGUUUCUCAAAGAGGCCAAUAUUAUGAAGGCUUUUGUCAACUGCCACCACAUCGUCAAACUGAUUGGCAUCGUAUCGGUGGAGAACCCGGUGCUCGUACUCAUGGAAUAUAUGGUGAACGGCGACCUCAAGAACUAUUUGCGUCUGAAUCGACCCGACAGUGAUGAGAACCCGAACCCACGGGUGCCCACCAUUAGCCGCAUAUUCCAGAUGGCGAUCGAGAUCGCGGACGGCAUGGCAUACUUGGCCGCCAGGAAGUUUGUUCACCGAGAUCUGGCCGCACGUAACUGUAUGGUGGCCGAGGAUUUGACCGUUAAAAUUGGCGACUUUGGCAUGACCAGGGACAUUUAUGACGCCGAUUAUUACAGGAAAAUGAACAAUUGUCUAAUACCUGUGCGCUGGAUGUCUCCCGAGUCGCUGAAGGACGGCCUGUUCACCACCUAUUCAGACAUCUGGGCCUACGGUGUGGUACUCUGCGAGAUCGUUACGCUCGGCGCCCAACCCUAUCAGGGCUACAGCAAUGAGUUGGUGCUUAAGAACGUGAUCAAAGGCAUGCGCCUCCCGGAGCCCGAGAACUGUCCCCGAAAGCUGUUAGUAGUCUUGUAUAUCAAUUGUCUGUUCUGUCCGUUGGCGAAUAAUGCAAUUCUGUUGGCGCCGACACCCGAAGGCCAGGCCCUCGUUCACGGAGAUCACGGAAUACCUGCUGCCGCUGUCGAACCAGUCGUUCAAAGAGAAGUGCUAUUACCU